AAUCAAACAAAUUUUAGCAAAAUUAAAGCGAUAAUAAUGCAAUAAUGUCUACCGAAAAGGAGAAAUUAGAAAAAACUAAAAUAAAUACACAAGUUAAACAUGUGCCCAAAGAUGCUCAGGUUAUAAUGUCCAUAUUGAAGGAUUUGGGCAUACAGGAAUAUGAGCCCAGAGUGAUCAACCAAUUGCUGGAGUUCACCUAUCGUUAUGUGACCUGUAUAUUGGAUGAUGCCAAAGUAUUUGCAAAUCAUGCUCGCAAAAAAACCAUUGAUUUGGAUGAUGUUAAAUUGGCUACAGAAGUGGUAUUGGAUAAGGCGUUCACUUGUCCGCCACCAAGACAUAUUAUAUCCAAAUUAGCAGACGUACGCAAUGCCAUGCCUUUGCCACCAAUUAAACCCCACUGUGGUUUGCGGCUACCACCCGAUCGUUAUUGUUUGUCUGCCUGCAAUUAUAAGCUACGUGCUGCAACUCAGUCAAAAAAAAUGACGAAAUCCGCUUUGGAGUCGAGAUCUACCAUAAAAACACAAAUAAAAUCGGCUGGCGGUGCAAGUUCGGCUGGCGCUUCCAAACGCCAGACAGUGUUAACACCCAAAACUCAAGUUGUUACUAUACCUAAACCAGUUAUUAAAUUUACCACCACUGCCAAGACUGUAGCGGUAGAUAGUAAACAGGGCAUUAUCGCUAUGGGCGCUAGUCAGGAUUCCAGUGGCGAUGUUAAAAUGGAAAUUGAUUCGGAUACAGCUGCUGUGGGUAUUAUAUCGACUGGAUCUUCGGGAUUGACUGGUUCCGCAGGCAGUAGCGGUGGAGGCGUCAAGAGAGAACGCGAUGAGGAUGAUUUUGAAGUGGUUCCUUAAGAUUGAAUUUUCAUCAAUAUUUUUCUUUAAUAAAAAAAUUUUCAAAAAAUACCUUUUAAC